GAGGAGGUAGUGAAGAGGUCGCAGGCAGCAUGGCGGAAGCACCGGACGAGCGCGGGCGUAGCCCGGUGGCAGAGGACCAGUUGCAGCAGCAGCAGGUUGCGUGCGAGGUCUUCCCCGAGCAGUUGGCGGAAGAGAAGCCCCAGCAAAGGUUCCUCUCUGGAUUCUUCGAUAGCAAUCAGAAGUGCCAGCUCAGGCUCCUGAAGACGCUGGAGACAAAUCCAUAUGUUAAACUUCUACUUGAUGCUAUGAAGCACUCCGGUUGUGCCGUUACGAAAGAAAGACACUUUUCUUGUGAAGACUGUAAUGGAAAUGUCAGUGGAGGUUUUGAUGCUUCAUCUUCUCAGAUUGUUUUAUGCCAAAAUAAUAUCCAUAAUCAGGCUCAUAUGAACCGAGUGGUCACUCAUGAACUCAUUCAUGCUUUUGAUCACUGCCGUGCUCAUGUCAACUGGUUUACCAACAUCAGACAUUUGGCCUGCUCAGAGAUUCGAGCUGCUAACCUCAGUGGAGACUGCUCACUGGUAAAUGAAAUAUUCAGGUUACAUUUUGGAUUAAAACGACAUCAUCAGACUUGUGUGCGAGACCGAGCCAUUCUUUCUAUCCUGGCUGUUAGGAAUAUCAGCAAAGAAGUUGCCGAAAAGGCUGUUGAUGAAGUGUUUGAAUCCUGUUUCAAUGACCUUGAACCUUUUGGAAGGAUCCCCCAUAGCAAAACUGAUGCAAGAUAUGCUCACAGAGACUUUCAAAAUCGUGAUCGUUACUAUUCAAAUAUAUGA